UGCAUACCGAGAUCGACUAUACGCCAUUGUGUUCAGCGGGGCCCCUAGAUAUCAAUAUAUCACAUCCUCUCCACAUUAGAAUGACAACCUCGCCGGAACUGAAGAGCAAAACAAGAUAUUACCUUACCCAAUAUAAACUUCACAAUCUGCUACCCCGCUGUCGUAAAUGCCCCUCAUAAAACGCCCAAAUAAAGUACUACACGUACGCAGAGUCCUUCCAAUCCAAUUGCCGUUAAAAGGGUGAACCCAUUUGCCGUGGGUCUUCCAUGUGGUCUAUCGCCCUAAAUUAGGCAUGCUAACAUGAGAACGAGCCUUUUAUCUUCAGGUAUUCCGCGUCCCGCACCCACUGUAAUUAUUAAGCCACCCAGUUCAGCCAAGCACGCAAGCCAGCGUCUUGACUAAUACACCAAGGACUUUUCAUACUUCUCUUCCAUACCUACCUAAGGUAGUCUGUCUUUAAAAGUAUCUCUCGAUUCCAGUUACUCGGUGAACACCUCAUUGCAUAGUCUAAGUCAGUUCCAGCAUAAUGGCUUCUCUCACGGACGGGAUAUACCCACCCACUCUCAAGGCCGAAGAGAAGGACGCCCUCAUCGAGACCGUCAAGGACUGGUCAAUAGGUAAUGGCCUCGCAGUCAGGCCUCCUCCCACAGUCAUAGCCGCCGAGGCAGACCCCAAAAGCAUCGCUGCUAUCAACGUUCCUGUGACCCUCUUUCCAAGUCCAUUUCCCAAACAAUGCUUCGUGCAGGGCAAGGCAGUUCAAAAGACUUACAACGAGCUGUAUGCCUCAGUGAGCAGGGAUGAAGAGUUCUUGGCCCAAGUUGUGAAGGAGGUCUCGGAUGGUGAUGAGUUUAUUCGAAACUUAUGGGACGUUCAUACCAAGGUUAAGGCUGAGGGAUAUACACAGCCCCUGUCUCUAGGCUUGUUCCGCUCAGACUAUAUGGUGCAUCAGGAUACCGAGACCACAAAGUCUUCUUUGCAAGUCAAGCAGGUUGAGUUCAAUACCAUUGCUUCUUCUUUUGGCGGUCUUUCAACACACACCUCUGCUCUCCACAAGUAUCUUGCUACAACGGAGUACCCGAUUUUGGAAAACCCUAUUACACAAGGAUCACUAGACCUGCCCGAGAACACCAGCACUCGUGGCUUAGCAGCAGGUAUCGUGGAAGCGUACAAUAUUUAUCCCGACUCUGAACUUGGCCACCAGAAGUGUGUCAUCUUUCUCGUACAAGACGGCGAGAGGAACAUCUUCGACCAACGCCAUCUUGAAUAUCAAAUCGCUAGCUCUUCGUCAUCUAUCCCUGUGUUCCGACUACCUUAUUCCCAAAUCCUACAGCACAGCAAGAUUGCAGACACCUCUAAACGCCAGCUUCUGUACAUCCUUCCAAGAAACCGUUCAAAGAUUUACGAAGUUGCUGUGAUCUACAUGCGAUCUGGAUAUGGACCUUCUGAUUACCCUGAUCAACAAGCUUGGCAGGCUCGUUAUCACCUGGAGAGGUCGAAUGCUAUUAAAUGCCCUAGUGUCCUGACUCAAUUAGCUGGAACGAAGAAGGUUCAACAAAUUCUCGCAACACCGCGCCCUUCCACAGAGUCCUCGGCUCUUAGUAGGUUCAUUCGCGAUGACACGGAUGACGCAACUGAGCUGUGGCGCACAUUUACCAACAUCUACCCGAUGGAUAGCAGCGAUGCUGGCCUUGAGGCUCGGAAGAAGGCCCUCGACCCCAAGAUUUGCCAAAAUUAUGUGUUGAAGCCCCAGCGUGAAGGUGGUGGCAACAACAUCUAUCGAGGUGCUAUUCCAGACUUCCUCAAAUCUGUUCCCGAAUCCCACUGGGGGUCUUAUAUUCUCAUGGAGCUCAUCACUCCCCCACCAGUCACUAACAUCAUUCUUCGCAAUGGCAAUCUAGAGCAAGGCGGUGUUAUUUGCGAGCUGGGGAUCUAUGGUACUUGCAUAUGGGACCAGAGCACAGGCAAAGUUCACCACAACGAGGAAGCCGGGUAUCUUUUGCGCACAAAGGGCGAUAAGAGCGAGGAAGGUGGGGUCGCUGCUGGUUUUGGAUGUAUGGACAGUUGUGCGCUGGUGUAGAUGCUCUCAGAUUUCCGGAAUAGCUCUUUCAGCAUCCAUAUCGACACCGUACAAUUUCUUGUUGACAAGCAUGCCUGCCUUCCUAGAGGAAUCCUUACCUGCUGUAUUAGAAACUUGCCGAAAAGGAGAAGAAUCCACCAUGCGUCUAAAGAGCUGAGGUCACACAUACUUAUGAUCAUGGUUUACGGAGUAGUGCUUUCACAGCCCCUCCCGAACCAUAGCCGCUAUUCUGUAGCCUGUAUGUGUAAGCACACGAUGAAGGAAUAAGUGUGUGAUCAACAACGUUUAUUGCAUCAUGGUAUCAUACAGAUCCUCCUAAGGUUGUGCACAACGCUCAUCGUACAUUACAUCCAUACAUUAACAUCCAACAAAAGAAACCGGUCAUGGUGAGAGAGGAGAACAAGUAGGCAGAAGACUACGGCCAGGCGAUUUAUUUGCGACCAUGUUUCAAGAAGGAAUUCCAUUGAUAUUUGCUUCUUACUCGCCCUGCUCAGGAGCCUGGGGACGUCGGAGAACCUCGAGGUUGCCUCAAGAAGGGUUAGCUGUGGUGGAUAGUAUCUAGGGAGGAGUAAACAUCAUACGCUGGACAAUGUUGAAGCUGCUUCGGUUCUGACCGUUGGAGUCGGUGUAGUUGCUCAAGGAGGCAUCACCCUCGACGUAGACGCUGGCACUAUGUAAUGGUCAGCACAAAUACCACGUGUUGUAAUUGUCUUCAG